CCUUACUUCCGGUCACUGUACCUCCAUUCCACACACGUACAGGACUCGUUGUCCGUAGAGAUCAGGGUUACACAGUAGUGAAGAAGAGAUCCGGUGAGUGUGAGACACCGAGCAGCCACCACCCGUGUGUCAGGAGGACUGCGCAGGACCCAGAGCCCCAACACGGUGCCUCCACCUCACUCACUGACACAUGAGACACAUUGACCAGAAGAUCCUGGAACUCCCUAAAAAGAUCAUUCAGCUGCUGACUGGAGAGGAGGAGGAGUAUAUAGAGGAACACAGGGGUCUGUACAAGGACGUGAUGAUGGAGAAUCACCGGCCCCUCACAUCACUGGAUGGGCCAAGUAACAGAGAUACCCCAGAGAGAUGUCCCCGUCCUCUGUAUUCCCAGGAUUGUACAGAGGAGAAUCACAGGAUCCCACAGGAGGAUCAGGAGGGGGAGUUUAUAGAGGAACACAGGGGUCUGUACAAGGACGUGAUGAUGGAGAAUCACCGGCCCCUCACAUCACUGGAUGGGCCCAGUAACAGAGAUACCCCAGAGAGAUGUCCCCGUCCUCUGUAUUCCCAGGAUUGUACAGAGGAGAAUCACAGGAUCCCACAGGAGGAUCAGGUAGAACGUGUGUCUGAUAUUAAAACAGAAAAUAUAGAGGGAGAAGAAGAGAAGUAUCUAACUGUUAUAAAGGCAGAAGAUAUAGAGGGAGAAGAUAUGUAUCUAACUGUUAUAAAGGUAGAAGAUACAGAGGAAGAAGAAGAGACGUAUGUGACUGAUAUGAAGGCAGAAGAUAUAGGGGGAGAAGAAGAGACGUAUAUGAAGGGUGAUAAGCAGUGUAAGGAGGAGGAGAUCCCUACAGAUAUCAGCACAGAUGGACACACAAGCAGGAAUAUCUCAGAAGGACAUCUAAUGUUAUCCCCGGAUUGUGACAUAAAAGAUAAUGACAGUAGACAGGAUUCUCCAGGAGAUAACCCCAUUACCACAAUUAUACAUCCAGCUCUAUCAGCUGAUCCCUCUGAUCCUGGGAAAUGUUCUCCUGAUCACUCUGAUAUUGGUGCAUCUGUUACAGCUCUGACAGUAGAUACAGUGUUUCCCUGUUCUAUAGAUGCCAAAUGUGUUACAGAGAAUACAAAGCUUAUUACCCAUCAGCCUGCUAAGGCAGGUGAGAAGCAAUUUCCAUGUUCUGAGUAUGGAAAAUGUUUUACAUACAAAUCAGGUCUUGUUACACAUCAGAGAAGGCACACAGGUGAGAAGCCAUUUUCAUGUUCUGAGUGCGGGAAAUGUUUUACCUGGAAAUCACAACUUGUUACACAUCUGCGAUGUCACACAGGUGAAAAUCCAUUUCCAUGUUCUGAGUGUGGGAAAUGUUUUACAUAUAAAUCACAACUUGUAAUACAUAAGAGAAUACAUACAGGUGAGAAACCAUAUUCCUGUUCUGAGUGUGGGAACUGUUUUACAUACAAAUCAACUCUUGAUGCACAUAAGAGAAGUCACACAGGUACAUCACCAUUUCCAUGUUCUGAGUGUGGGAAAUAUUUUGCACAGAAAUCACAACUUGCUAGACAUCAGAGAAGUCACACAGGUGAGAAGCCAUUUCCAUGUCCUGAGUGUGGUAAAUGUUUUGCACAAAAAUCAGAUCUGGUUAGUCAUAACAAAAGUCACACAGGUGAGAAUCCAAUUUCUUGCUCUGAGUGUGGGAAAUGUUUUGCCCGGAAAUCACAACUUGUUAUACAUCAGAGAAGUCACACAGGUGAGAAGCCAUUUCCAUGUCCUGAGUGUGGUAAAUGUUUUGCACAAAAAUCAGAUCUUGUUAGUCAUAACAGAAGUCACACAGGUGAGAAGCCAAUUCCUUGCUCUGAGUGUGGGAAAUGUUUUGCCCGGAAAUCACAACUUGUUAUACAUCACAGAAGUCACACAGGUGAGAAGCCAUUUUCUUGCUCUGAGUGUGGGAAAUGUUUUGGCCGGAAAUCAGAUAUUGUUAGACAUCAGCGAAGUCACACAGGUGCGAGGCCAUUUCCAUGUUCUGAGUGUGGAAAAUGUUUUGCACACAAAUCACAUCUUGUUAUUCAUCAGAGAAAUCACACAGGUGAGAAGCCUUUCUCUUGCUCUGAGUGCACGAAAAGUUAUACUCAGAAAUCAGAACUUGUUACACAUCAGAGAAGUCACACAGGUGAGAAGCCAUUUCCAUGUCCUGAGUGUGGGAAAUGUUUUUCACACAAAAAAGAUCUUUUUAUACAUGAGAAAAGUCACACAGGUGAGAAGCCAUUUUCUUGCUCUGAGUGUGGGAAAUGUUUUUCACUCAAAUCAGCUCUUGUUAUACAUCACAGAAGUCACACAGGUGAGAAGCCAUUUUCUUGCUCUGAGUGUGGGAAAUGUUUUAGACAGAAAUCACAUCUUGUUACACAUCAGCAAAGUCACACAGGUGAGAAUCAAUUUCCAUGCUCUGAGUGUGGGAAAGGUUUUGCACACAAAUCAGCUCUUGUUAUACAUCACAGAAGUCACACAGGUGAGAAGCCAUUUCCAUGUUCUGAGUGUGGGAAAUGUUUUGCACACAACUCAGCUCUUGUUAUACAUCACAGAAGUCACACAGGUGAGAAGCCAUUUCCAUGUUCUGAGUGUGGGAAAUGUUUUACACACAAAUCACAAUUUGUUACACACCAGAGAAGUCACACAGGUGAGAGCCCAUUUCCAUGCUCUGAGUGUGGGAAAGGUUUUGCAGACAAAUCAGCUCUUGUUGUACAUCAUAGAAGUCACACAGGUGAGAAGCCAUUUCCAUGUUCUGAGUGUGGGAAAUGUUUUGCACACAACUCAGCUCUUGUUAUACAUCACAGAAGUCACACAGGUGAGAAGCCAUUUCCAUGUUCUCAGUGUGGGAAAUGUUUUACACACAAAUCACAAUUUGUUACACACCAGAGAAGUCACACAGGUGAGAGCCCAUUUCCAUGCUCUGAGUGUGGGAAAGGUUUUGCAGACAAAUCAGCUCUUGUUGUACAUCAUAGAAGUCACACAGGUGAGAAGCCAUUUCCAUGUUCUGAGUGUGGGAAAUGUUUUGCACACAACUCAGCUCUUGUUAUACAUCACAGAAGUCACACAGGUGAGAAGCCAUUUCCAUGUUCUCAGUGUGGGAAAUGUUUUACACACAAAUCACAAUUUGUUACACACCAGAGAAGACACACAGGUAAGAAGCCAUUUUAAUCUUCUGGAGUAUACUCAUCAUUGCCAUGCGUUGUUCUUCAAGGUUCUUAUCCUAUCUUCUAUGCUUUUUGCAAUAUACAUGCUACUGCAUGGUGAAAUAAUCAGAUGUCAUGCCUUCAUCUACCACUGCUAUGCAGAUGAUCUGUCUUUUGCUCCAGAUACUGAGAACCCAGUACCAAUCCUAAAUGGUUGUCUAGCUGAGCUCCAGGUGUGGGUGAUGCCAGUUGGCUGUGACUCAGUCCUGGUGAAACAUGUCCUUAUGGUAGAAGCUCACCAACAAAGGGCAGGGCUACAGCUCAGCUUUGCAAACCAACCAGACUUACACUUGGGGGUUUAGAGUUACAAAAUGCUGAUCCUUUGCAGAAUCUUGGUGUCCUGGAUGGGUAAGUGACACUUAGACAUCAGGUAUCAGCCACAAUCAGAUCCUCAUCUGAGGAACAUAGCCAGACUCCAGCACUUAUUUCCCUCAGAAGAUCUACCUACAGUCAUACAUGUACUUGUAUCAUCACGCAGACUACUGCAAUGUCCUCUACCUAGGUCUCCCAGCAAAAGAAUUACAGAGCUUGUAGCUUGUAGAGAAUGCAGCAGCCAGGCUGUUACCUAACCAGCCCGUUCCUGCCACAUAACACCCAUUCUAUGCUCCCUUCACUGGCUGCCUGUAAAAUGGUGACUCAGGGCCUAAUUCAGGUUUGAUCGCAAUGUGUGAUCCAAACGGAAUUAUUGAGAAAAAGUUGCGGGCGCAUCCACUGCGCCCAUCCCGUGCAUGCAUCUGCAUUUUCUGCAGAGGGGACGCAGAAAAUGUGAUUGCCUGUCAGGCAGAGGCAGUCACGGGGGUGGGCGGGCAAUGUUCCAUUUUCAGGGAGGAGACGGAUCAGUGCGGGGGCAGUGUGGCGCGAACGGAGGGCAGAGGUGGACAAACGGGCAUGAUCACGGCUGUGUGACAUCACAUGCAGCCACCGUGAUCAAGAAGAAUGCAGCGGGCCUCCUGCGCAAGCAGCGGCAGCAGGAGGCUUCACUAAUUUCUACGAUAAAGCAGAAAUUGUGAGGCAAUCGCAAUUUCUGCUUCAUCAAGGGGGGAGGCGGUGGUCAGCAUGCUGGGUGGCCUUGCGAUGGGCGGCCCCUAGCAUGCUAGGAAAAGGAUUGCUAAUUAGCAGCAUCUGCUAUCCUUACUGAAUUUAGACCCACUAUUAAGUAAUCUUACUGAGUCCCAGCCUUGCAUGACCAUGAUACCAGAAGCAGCUGCUGCCUCCGUACUGCCUGGGUUUCUUCCAUCUGUUGAUGGACUGUUAGCAGUACCAUAAAUUCCCAAGCAGUGUUUAGAUGUCGGGGAGACAUGGUGGGUGGCAGUAGUGCAGUAGCGGGGGCUGCUGGAGGCAGUGUCUAAGUGGGUAAUAUUGUCCCCAAGCAGGGCUGAGGAGGGAGACAGGGCAGGGGGCAGUAGUAGGAGCUGCUGGAGGCAAUGUCUAUGUGGGUAAACGUCCCCAAGCAGGGCUGAGGAGGGAGACAGGGUGGGUGGCAGUAGUGGGAGCUGCUGGAGGCAAUGUCUAUGUGAGUAAACAUCUGCAAGUAGGGCUGAGGUGUCAGAGCGGGGAGACAGGGCAGGUGGCAGUAGUGGGGUAGACACGGGGUGGAU